AUGACAUAUUUGGGAGUGAAUUCGUCAUUGCGAACAGAUAAUAGUUUUCGUCUAAAAAAAGAUGAAGAUUAUCAUAAAGGAUUUUCACCUUUGGAACGCUUACCAAUUGAUAUGGUAUCAACUGUUACAUUAGAUUACAUGCAUGUUGUCUGUCUUGGAGUGGUAAAAAAACUUAUUAAGUUUUGGGUUAAGGGAAAGAAACCAAAUAGAAUUGUCCAAAUAAAUUUAGAUGAUAUAAAUUCUAGUAUCGAAAAUGUACGACAAUAUAUUCCUUCUGAUUUCGUUCGUUUGCCUAGACCUUUAGUUGAUUUUGAUUACUGGAAAGCAACUGAAUUCCGUACAUUUGUUCUGUACACAGGGCCAAUAGUUUUAAAAGGCAAGUUAAAAAAAUCCUUAUAUUCCCAUUUCAUGCUAUUGCACUGUGCUAUUCGACUUUUAAUAAGUCACAAUACUUGUUAUUUAUUUAAUGAUGAAGCAAAAGUAUUAUUAACUAAAUUUGUUAUUGAUUAUCCUAUUCAUUAUGGUGCUGAGUUUGUGAACUAUAAUGUUCAUAAUUUAAUUCAUUUACCUGAUUGUGUAAAAUUGCAUGGACCUCUUGAUAAAUUCAGUGCCUUCAAAUUUGAAAACUUUUUGCAAGACAUAAAAAAAAAACUAAAGAAUUCGAGGUUUCCUUUACAAGAAGCUUGUAAUCGAAUUAUUGAACAACAAAAUAUAAAUAAUUCUCAAGUUAUCAUAUCACUAGAUAGUUCUCCAAUUUUUAAAAAUGAAAUUCCAAUGCAACAAUCAGUAUUUAAUCCUUUUUUUACAUAUUAUAAGGAAGUAAAAGUAAAUAGCAGUGUAUUCAAUUGUAAUAAAGUAAAAGACAAAUAUAUUAUGUUAACUUGUAAUACAAUUUCCGAAAUAAAACAAAUUAUAAAAACUUCCGACGAACAAUUAUUGUUUAAUAUUUGUAAAUUCAAUCAUAUUUCUCCAUUGUAUUUAACCCCUGUAGACUCAAAUAAAACUACUAUGUUUUUUGUAAAUACUCUUAAUGUAUCUGAACCUGUUAAUAUUAACUUGUCUGAUAUAGCAUUCAAAUGUUUUUUUAUCAAAAUAUCAGAAUCUAAAGCUAUUGCUAUGACAUUAUUACACUCCUUUGAGUAA